GCCCGGCCCGGCCGAUUCUUCUCUUUGAAGUUCUAUUUGAAGCUGCCAAAAUGGUUCUAGCAGAUCUUGGAAGAAAAAUAACCUCAGCAUUGCGCUCGCUGAGCAAUGCUACAAUCAUCAAUGAAGAGGUUUUAAAUGCUAUGUUAAAAGAAGUAUGUACAGCACUACUGGAAGCUGAUGUUAAUAUUAAACUUGUGAAGCAACUAAGAGAAAAUGUCAAGUCUGCAAUUGAUCUUGAAGAGAUGGCAUCUGGCCUUAACAAAAGGAAAAUGAUUCAGCACGCUGUCUUUAAGGAACUAGUUAAACUUGUAGAUCCUGGAGUCAAAGCAUGGACACCUACCAAAGGAAAACAGAACAUUAUCAUGUUUGUUGGCUUGCAAGGAAGCGGUAAAACAACAACCUGUUCAAAGUUAGCAUACUUCUAUCAGAGGAAAGGUUGGAAGACGUGUUUAAUAUGUGCAGAUACAUACAGAGCAGGUGCUUUUGACCAGUUAAAACAGAAUGCCACAAAAGCAAGAAUUCCCUUUUAUGGGAGUUACACAGAAAUGGAUCCUGUAAUUAUUGCCUCAGAAGGUGUUGAGAAGUUUAAGACAGAAAACUUUGAAAUAAUCAUCGUUGAUACUAGUGGACGUCACAAACAGGAAGACUCUUUGUUUGAAGAGAUGUUACAAGUUGCUAAUGCCAUUCAACCGGAUAACAUUGUUUAUGUGAUGGAUGCUUCCAUUGGCCAAGCUUGUGAAGCUCAAGCUAAAGCUUUCAAAGACAAAGUAGAUGUAGCUUCAGUUAUUGUUACUAAGCUUGAUGGACAUGCGAAAGGAGGUGGUGCUCUUAGUGCAGUUGCUGCUACAAAGAGUCCUAUUAUUUUUAUUGGAACUGGUGAACACAUAGAUGACUUUGAACCCUUCAAAACGCAGCCUUUCAUCAGCAAACUUCUUGGUAUGGGUGAUAUUGAAGGAUUGAUAGAUAAAGUAAAUGAGUUAAAGCUGGAUGAUAAUGAAGCACUCAUAGAAAAGCUCAAACAUGGUCAGUUUACAUUAAGAGAUAUGUAUGAACAAUUCCAAAACAUCAUGAAAAUGGGACCAUUCAGUCAGAUCUUGGGCAUGAUCCCAGGUUUUGGAACUGACUUCAUGAGUAAAGGCAAUGAACAAGAAUCAAUGGCAAGGCUAAAGAAAUUGAUGACUAUAAUGGACAGUAUGAAUGACCAAGAACUUGACAGUACAGAUGGCGCCAAAGUAUUCAGUAAGCAGCCAGGAAGAAUCCAAAGAGUAGCAAGAGGUUCAGGUGUUUCUACCAGAGAUGUCCAGGAGCUUUUGACCCAAUACACUAAAUUUGCACAGAUGGUGAAAAAGAUGGGAGGUAUCAAAGGGCUCUUCAAAGGCGGUGAUAUGUCAAAGAAUGUAAACCCAUCACAGCUGGCCAAGCUGAACCAACAGAUGGCAAAGAUGAUGGAUCCAAGAGUCCUUCAUCAUAUGGGUGGCAUGGCAGGAUUGCAGUCAAUGAUGAGACAAUUUCAACAAGGUGCUGCUGGGAAUAUGAAAGGCAUGAUGGGAUUCAAUAAUAUGUAAAGAAGCCUUAAUAAAAAUGGACUUGGUUGACUAUUAGUUGCGACUUCAGUGAAAGGAUUACUUUCUUCCUUUUUACACUGAUGGGGGAGUGGUCUUUUAAAAUCUUAUUCAGGCUUCUCAGUUUCUACAUCUAACUUCUGAAAACUAUUUUUGCUUAAAGUAGUUCUUCACUAAUACCUGAUGGCACAAAGAGUAAUUCAAUUUAAUAAAAUCAUGAUGUAAAAUUUUAAUAUGUAGAGACUUUUUAAUUGUUUACAUUAAAUGGCAGCCAUUAUAUUUGUAAACAACCCUGAUCUUUGGUUAUAGUAACAUAAAAUGUCACAAAUAUACUGUAAAAUAAAAGUAAGCGAUUAUGAACACAG